CCGGGGCAACGAUGUCUCCUGUUUUCUCGUCUCUUUAAAAGCAGCAGUUUUUUCUCCCUAAAGACACUCUCCCUCGCCUCCCUUAGAGGUCCUACAGCUGCAAUUUGCCGCCGUUUUGGUUUUGUUUUGACUUUUUACGUUAUUUUUUUUUUUUAAACUAUGUGCUGCUUUUAAGGAAGGGAAGGGGAAGCAAAACAAAACAGCAGCUGCGGACUCGUCCCCGGCUGGAGCCCAGCGCCCCGCCUGGAGUGGAUGAGCCUCUCCAUGAGAGAGCCGGUCAUUCCUGGGACGAGCAUGGCUUACCAUCCGUUCCUACCUCACCGGGCGCCGGACUUCGCCAUGAGCGCGGUGCUGGGCCACCAGCCGCCCUUCUUCCCCGCGCUGACUCUGCCUCCCAACGGCGCCGCGGCGCUCUCGCUGCCCGGCGCCCUGGCCAAGCCGAUCAUGGAUCAAUUGGUGGGGGCAGCGGAGACCGGCAUCCCUUUCUCCUCCCUGGGGCCACAGACGCAUCUGAGGCCUCUGAAGACCCUGGAGCCCGAGGAGGAGGUGGAGGACGACCCCAAGGUGCACCUCGAAGCUAAAGAACUCUGGGAUCAGUUUCACAAGCGGGGUACCGAGAUGGUGAUUACUAAAUCGGGAAGACGAAUGUUUCCUCCGUUUAAAGUGAGAUGUUCUGGGCUGGAUAAAAAAGCGAAAUAUAUCUUAUUGAUGGACAUUAUCGCCGCUGACGACUGUAGAUACAAGUUUCACAAUUCCCGGUGGAUGGUGGCCGGGAAGGCGGACCCCGAAAUGCCGAAGCGAAUGUACAUUCAUCCCGACAGCCCAGCCACUGGAGAACAGUGGAUGUCCAAAGUGGUCACUUUCCACAAACUGAAACUCACCAACAAUAUUUCGGACAAGCACGGAUUUACUAUAUUGAACUCCAUGCACAAAUACCAACCCCGCUUCCACAUUGUAAGAGCCAAUGAUAUCUUGAAGCUUCCUUACAGCACAUUUCGAACGUACUUGUUCCCUGAGACGGAAUUUAUUGCUGUGACUGCCUAUCAGAAUGAUAAGAUAACUCAGUUAAAAAUAGACAACAAUCCUUUUGCCAAAGGUUUCCGGGACACUGGGAAUGGCAGAAGAGAGAAAAGAAAGCAGCUGACCCUUCAGUCCAUGAGGGUGUUUGAUGAGAGACACAAGAAGGAGAACGGGGCCUCAGAUGACUCCUCCAGCGAGCAGGCCACCUUCAACUGCUUUGCCCAGUCCUCAUCCCCUGCUGUGUCCACAGUGGGAACAUCCAACCUCAAAGAUCUGUGUCCCAGCGAGGGCGAGAGCGACGCGGAGGCAGAAAGCAAAGAGGAGCCGGGGCCAGAGGCCUGCGACGCGGCCAGGAUCUCCACCACCACGUCGGAGGAGCCUUGCCGCGACAAGGGCAGCCCGGGCUCCAAGACGCACCUCUUCGCGCCGGGGGACAGCGGCCGGCCCCGGGACAGCGGGCGGCUGGACAAGGCGUCGCCUGAUUCGCGCCACAGCCCGGCCACCAUCUCGUCCAGCACCCGCAGCCUGGGCGUGGAGGAGCGCAGGAGCCCUGGCCGCGAGGGCGCGCUGGCGGCCAAAGCCGAGGAGGCGCGCGCGCUGCCGGCCAAGGAGGCCUUUGCGCCGCUGUCGGUGCAAACCGAGGCGGCCGCGCACCUGGGCCAGGGCCCCCUGCCCGGCCUCGGCUUCGCCCCCAGCCUGGCUGGCCAGCAGUUCUUCAACGGCCACCCGCUCUUCCUGCAUCCCAGCCAGUUCGCCAUGGGAGGCGCUUUCUCCAGCAUGGCAGCCGGCAUGGGGCCCCUGCUGGCCACGGUGUCUGGGGCCUCCACCGGCGUCUCAGGCCUGGAUUCCACUGCCAUGGCUUCUGCUGCCGCAGCGGCGCAGGGACUGUCGGGGGCCUCGGCGGCCACCCUGCCCUUCCACCUCCAGCCACACGUCCUGGCUUCUCAGGGCCUGGCCAUGUCGCCUUUCGGAAGCCUCUUCCCCUACCCCUACACUUACAUGGCCGCGGCCGCCGCCGCCUCCUCGGCAGCAGCGUCCAGCUCCGUGCACCGCCACCCUUUCCUCAACCUCAACACCAUGCGGCCCAGGCUGCGCUACAGCCCCUACUCCAUCCCGGUGCCCGUGCCCGACAGCAGCAGCCUGCUCGCCACCGCCCUGCCCUCCAUGCCGCCAGCCGCGGGCCCCCUGGACGCCAAGGCCACCACGCUGGCUGCCAGCCCGGCCUCGGUGGCCGUGGACUCGGGCUCGGAACUCAACAGCCGCUCCUCCACCCUCUCCUCCGGCUCCGUGUCCUUGUCGCCCAAGCUGUGCGGGGACAAGGAGGCGGCCAGCAGCGAGCUGCAGAGCAUCCAGCGACUGGUCAGCGGCUUGGAAGCCAAGCCGGACAGGUCCCGCAGUGCGUCCCCGUAA